GCUGUGUCCUGUGGUCGGGGGAUUGUCCUGUGGUCGGGGCUGUGUCCUGUGGUCGCUCUUUGAGGUUGAAGAAUAUUAGGAGGUAGUGGGGGAGAUUUUUGUCUUUGAUAUCGAAGCAUUUAGAGGAAAUAAGCAAAAUGUCGAGUGAGGAGCCGUGGAUCCGGACCGCGCAGAAGCUCUUCUACCCCAUCAUGUGUGUGUUCGGGAUGCCCGCCAGCCUGGUGACCAUGGCCGUACUGUGGAAGGGGAACCUGGACAUGUCCAAGUCCAUUAUCUACUACCUGGUGGCCUUGGCGGUGGCCAAUCUCCUACUCAUCCUUGUGGUGACGGUUUUCCGGGAUAUCUUCUACUUCUAUGUAGAUUUGACCCUUUGGUGGCCGGAGCCCUCCUGUGGGGUCAGUAACUGGAUUUAUUUCACUUGUGUCUACUCCCUCACGUGGCUCACCGUGGCCUUCUCUGUUGACCGGUAUAUCAUUGUAUGUUUUAUGAAGCUGAAGCUCAGGUUCUGUAAGCCCUCUGUCACUCGGUGGGUUAUCAUCGGUGUGUAUAUAAGUGCAUUCCUGGUGGCCAUGCCAACUUUCUGGAUGUAUGUACCUGUCAGAACCACCAAACCGGAUGGUACCCCCUUUCACAUUUGCUCUCUACAUCGCAACCUAAGUUCCAUACCUUUCUUGUCAGUCUAUGACCACAUCCAGACCACCGUUUGGAUAGUCUUCCCACUCGUAUCCUUAGUCUUAACUAAUGGCUUGACCGUCUGGCACAUCCAUGUCACCACCAGAAUUCGACAUGGCCUGAAGCAGUCAUCCACAGGAAAGCAAACAGAGGACCCAGAGGUGGCGAGAAGGAAAAAGUCAGUGACUCUCUUAGCAAUGAUUUCCAUCUCCUUUCUGGCCCACUGGCUCCCUAAAAUGGUGGUCAAAGUGUUGGAAAGGUUCACAUAUCCGCCGGUCAACCGCUACGACUUCUACCAUCCAGUGAACGUGGUGAGGAUGUUAUGUAACAUGUUGAUUGUCUUCAGCUCGUUCAGUAAUGUGUGUAUCUACUCCCUCACCAUCACCAAAUUCAGGGAAGAACUCUUCAGAGGAGCCAAGUCCGUCCUUGAUUUCCUCUCCCAUAAUUCUCUUUUGUCCUUCCCUCUGUCCAAAACAACAGAAAUAUUCACAAUACAAGAUAUCACGCAGCUGACCCACGUCAUGGGAAAGAAAUAAGAGAUGUACAUUACAUGCGUCUGACGGAGUCCGAGUGAGACGCCGGA